AUGAAACCGAGACCGAACGAUCAACAACAACCAACACAACACAACCAAAAAAAAAAAAUUGGCGAACCGAAAUUCCUCUCCUGUUAUUCCGUUUUUCAACGAUUCCCACAAAACAAACCACAUUUAUAUACACACAGAAACCAAGAAGCAAUGGACAAGUUUGAUUCAUCAUUAGAUUUAAUCAGAAGAUUAGACCCACGUUCAAUUACUUCCAAUUUAUCAAAUAUCUGUGCAUUAGUUGAUGAUGAAGAAAUAGUGGCUGAUUUAUUAUCAUCAGUAGAUACUCCAUUAGUUGUUCAAAAUUGUUCUAAAACAGGUAAAGAUUAUUUAUGUUGUGAUUAUAAUAGAGAUGGAGAUAGUUAUAGAUCACCAUUUAGUAAUGUAUAUUAUCCAGAAUUGUCAAGUUCUGAAAUCAAUGAUGCUCCUUAUCCAAGUGAUUUAUUGAGACAAUUGGAAAUUAAAGCCAAUGAUUCAUUUGAUAUUUAUCGUGAUUUAUAUUAUGAAGGUGGUAUUAGUAGUGUUUAUUUAUGGGAUACUGCUGAAGAUGAAGAUGAUAAUGCAUUAGAAGAAGGGUUUGCAGGAGUUGUUUUAUUUAAGAAAGAAACUGAUGAUAAAUCAGGAAAUUGGGAUAGUAUUCAUGUUUUUGAAGUUAUUAAACAAUCUAAAAAUAAAUAUUUGUAUAAAUUGACAACUUCAGUGGUUUUGAAUUUGGAAAAUAAGAAAUCUACUAAUGGUGGAAAUUUAGGUCUUGCUGGUAAUUUAACAAGACAAUUGGAACAAGAACAAGCUCUUGAAUUGGAUAGUGGAGUUAAUUUGGAAACUAAUCAUUUGAUUAAUUUAGGUCAAUUGGUUGAAAAACUGGAAUAUAAUAUUAGAAAUUUGUUACAAGCUGUUUAUUUCGAUAAAUUGAAGGAUAUAAUGUUGAAAGAUUUACGAUCAGUUGGUGAUGUAAAUGAUAAAAAAAUGGAUGACUUAAAACAAGGUGAAAUUAUUAAAGGCUUACAAAGUUUAUAG